GUGCCGAGUGGGCGUGUGCGGAGCCCGAGGCGCGGGGCGAGAGGCGGGCGCGGGCCCGGCUAGCUGUGGCGGAGGCUGCGGUGCGGCGGAGCACAGCCUAGGCUCGCCAUGGCGGAGCUGCUGUGGAGUCUGCAGGAUUCCCAGCUCGUGGCCCGCUUCCAGCGCUGUUGCGGGCUCUUCCCAGCGCCGGAUGAAGGCCCCCGGGAGAGCAGCGCGGGCCCCUCGGAGGGCGAGACGCCGGCCCACGGGGUCGGGCAUCUCCCCUGCGCCAACGGCAAAGGCGGCGGGGGGCCGCCCAACGGGCUGCGGAGAGACGCGGCCCCGCAGGCUUCUGCGCAGAGAUACGUCGUGAAGAAUUAUUUCUACUAUUACCUGUUCAGAUUCUCUGCUGCCCUGGGACAAGAGGUGUUCUACAUCACAUUCCUUCCCUUCACUCACUGGAACAUUGAUCCAUAUUUAUCCAGAAGGCUGGUCAUCAUAUGGGUGUUGGUGAUGUAUGUUGGCCAAGUGACCAAGGACAUCUUGAAGUGGCCCCGUCCCUCUUCCCCUCCUGUUGUGAAACUUGAGAAGAGAGUGAUUGCUGAGUUUGGAAUGCCAUCCACCCACGCCAUGGCAGCCACCGCCAUUUCCUUUACUCUCCUUCUCUCCUCUAUGGACAGAUACCAGUAUCCUUUCGUUUGGGGGCUGGUGAUGGCUGUGCUGUUCUCCGCCUUGGUGUGUCUCAGCCGACUCUACACUGGCAUGCACACAGUGCUGGAUGUGCUGGGUGGUCUCCUGAUCACCGCGCUGCUCAUUGGCCUCACCUACCCCACCUGGACCUUCCUCGACCACCUGGACUCAGCAAGCCCCCUCUUCCCUGUGUGCGUCCUCAUUGUACCCUUCUUCCUAUGUUACAACUACCCCGUGUCUGAUUACUACAGCCCAACCCGGGCGGACACCACCACCAUCCUGGCUGCCGGGGCCGGGGUGACUGUAGGAUUCUGGAUCAACCACUUCUUCCAGCUGGUGUCCAAGCCCACUGAAUCCCUCCCUGUCAUCCGGAACAUCCCAUCACUCACCACUGGCAUGUUAGUGUUGGGUCUAACCAAAUUUGCUGUGGGGAUCUUAUUGAUCCUCUUGGUUCGUCAACUUGUACAAAAUCUCUCGCUGCAAGUAUUGUACUCAUGGUUCAAGGUGGUGACCAGGAACAAGGAGGCCCAACAGAGACUGGAGAUUGAAGUGCCUUACAAGUUUGUUACCUACACAUCUGUUGGCAUCUGUGCUACAACCUUUGUGCCAAUGCUGCACAGGUUUCUGGGAUUACCCUGAGCCUCUGCCAGCUGGCUGUUAGCCCACACAGGCGUGAGAGCUAAGACAUGGGGAAAUUGUUGGGUGGGCAAGCCUUGACAAUUGGGUUUUCUUAAAAAACAAAACUUUGCCAUAUGCCUGAUCUGCCUAUGUAAGAUGAAUGAUGCUGCUGUGUUAAGGGAAAAUUUUCCCAUAAACAAAAUCAGUCGAUCAGGGUUGCGCUCCAGUGGAGCCAGGCUGGGAACCCCAGGUGAGUCCUGUAGACAUCACCCCCACCCACACACACUUUGUGUUACAUGGACUUGAACCCAGGCACAGGCUGCAGGAACAGUCAUGUACGCUCAGCUUUAUGUCCACUGUGGUUUAGAAAACCAGGGAGAUGAGAUGACCUGGAAGGCUAGAGAUAGUCAUGACCUUGUCCAGAAUCAAGUCUCAUUUUCACAACUGGAACUUUGAUCCAAGAGAAAGGGUGGCACAUAUAAAACUGCAAUCCUUGGACAGGGUGAGUUCCUCACAGUCAGAUUAGACCACGCCAGCUCAGGUAGUGAGCCCAUUCUGCAUACAGCUGGCUGUGGAGUGGUGCAAGGCAAUCUCAGAGUUGUGGGGUCGCGGGGAAGGGCCUGCUUUUCUGAUAAGUCCAAGCCUCCUUCAUACUGAAAUAGGGAUCUUCUCCUCCUUGUUUAUGCAAUUGCAGACUUCCAGGUCCUUGGGGCUGUUCUGACUCAUGACACAACAGGGCUGCUGCCACCUCCCCUGGCCAGUCAAGAGCUAUCCUUCAGUAAAGUGACAUUCAGGAUUCGCUGAAACUCCUGUUCUUGAGUGGCUUGGGGGCAAGCUUUCUACCCUGCUGUAAAUCUGCUUCACAAUCCACAAAGUUAAACAGAGGCUCCCUUUCCAUCUUCCCAUCGCUCCUGUCUUAGCAAUUUUCAAGGUAGUUAAUGUGAGAACUGGUUGGGCCUCUCCUAGAAAAACAAGCCAACAGGACAGAGCAUCCCCCAAUCCUAGGGCAGGUGCCCCGGAGGCUGAUGAUGGUGCAAACACCAGAAUUCCCUCCAGGGGCUCCUCUUCAGUUCCUAAGAGUCAGGGACAGGUAUCUAUAGCUUUGUUUAAAGUUGGGACAUAUGGAGUUAAUACCAUCUCUCUUAAGGUACCAGGGCUGGGCUCAUGCCAGUGUUUCAUGAUCCUGACUCCUUAUCAUCAUGCACUCACUUCGGAAACCUUUAUCCUCUUUGAGGAAUGCAGAGGCCCCUCUCUUUUCAUCCAGCCUCAAACUAAAAACCACUUUUCCUAUUUUCAGUAGAUUCCAUGAUGUUAUUGUGAGUCUGAUCUUGGUAUGUGGCUGAGGAUACAAUCCCUUAAUUUUUUGCAGAACGUCCCAUUUUCACUUCAAAUUCUAAUAAUUGUUGUAGGAGACAAGUGUCAAAAUGACCUGUCAUUUCACUGUGGUGACAUCAAGCCCUGAGUGGCGUUUACAGCGCUCACAGGCUCUGACUGUCCCUCGGGUGAGGGUUUGUUGGUUGGAUAAAUAGGCACUUGAUUUGCCUUCACUCCCUCCAGUUGCCAAAACAGAGAUCACAACACUGGAUAUUGACACAGUACUUUCACUGAUUUGUCCGAGACCCACUGACACAAGGACUAGCUUUUCCGACUUGUGUCUGCAAAAGAGGGGUUUUUGGCUACUGUCACAGAAGUGGGUGCUGGCAGGUCAUUUACAUAAACAUACAGAUUUUACCCCUGUCCUUUUUGUUUAAGCGCUGACAGUUGGAAGUUCAUUCGAUUAUAAUGUUGCAUUUAAGGCUUUAGUGACACAGUUAGGAUUGAGACUGAAUUUCAGCUACAGGACAUUAAAAACUGACCCAAGAACUUGUCAGGAUUGGUCACAUUUUAGUUAUCUGAUUUGAAAAUCCAUGACCUGUUUCAUGCCAUUGCCUUUCCUGCCCUUCUGCACCCAUUUCUCACUCAGCAUUUCCGUUUGUUUAGUUGUCUCACACACUACUGCAUAUCCCUUCAGUGUCAGCCUUUGGGACCCCCUGACACUGGGAUUUGCUCUCUGGGGAAAGACUGCCCCCUCCUGGUGAGGUUUUUAUCUUGUUCUGGAACCUCUCUCUGGCUCUGGAAUGUUAAAGACUAAGAAUUUAAGUCAAGCUCACCACGAGGUAUCCAGUGUAAACCUAGGGCUGGUGGCCUGGCCACUGCAGAACUGUGACACUAAAGACUUCAGGAUUACUGGUCCUCCAAGGAGCAAAGUGGAAUGGCAUGCUCUUUCUAAAUUGUCCCAUCUUGUCCCCAACCUACAAUCACCCUGGCUGGAGUGUCCAUACUGUAACCUUCAUUCUAAAUAGUUAUCAUUUUAUGCCAGUUUUGCUUGAACCUUCACAACACAAGAAGGGGUGGUGGUUAGGGUGGGGAACCCAGAUGACACACCUGAACUAAAAUCCCUUAAUUUGCAGUGGCUGAAAUCAUGGCAUGUCUAGUCGCCUCACUGUAACAUAGGAUUUUCUCGCCAAAUAGGCAACUCACACCUCCCAGUGUAAUCCAAGCAUGUGGCGUUUCAGGGCCAUAUGCUCCAGGCUUCUAUUUGGGAAGCCUUCAGCUGUGUUGCUUAUGUACUGUAUGUAAAUGUAUUCUUUUUAAAAUAAAAUCAUUUUUUGUUUG